GCGCUGGUUAAAUAUAACGGUGAGCAACAUAGUAAAGAUGGCUAAAUAGCGAUACAUUAACGGUUAGCAAACAUGACCGGGACGUGUAGUGAGGAACAUGUGCACGUUUAUUGUGUACAAGAUGUCUUUACAAUGUUUUAAAAAGGAAAAAAUUCCCGUGAAGAGACAUUUCCUGUCUUCUGUAUGUUGACAACCUGUUCCUGUAUCUGAUCAGCCACCAUGGAAGGAGGUCAUUAUGUCACCAUUCAUGGUCAAAACAUCACCCACAAUCCUCUGUCAGCACCGGCCAUGUCCAUCGACCGACUCUUCCCAGCACUGCUCGAGUGUUUCGGCAUCAUCCUGUGCGGCUACGUGGCCGGCCGCAGUGAGAUCAUCAGUGCAGGACAGUCCAGGAGCCUGGGCAGCUUUGUCUCUUGCUUUGCGCUUCCGGCGUUGCUUUUCAGAAACAUGGUCCAGCUGCAGUUUGCUAACGUGGUGUGGUCAUUCCUGUGGAGUGUACUGAUCGCCAAAGUGUGUGUUUUUGUGCUGGUGUGUGUCCUUACGCUGCUGGUGGCCAGUCCGGAGGGUAGGUUUGGGAAAGCGGGGCUGUUUGCCAUCUUCGCCACACAGAGUAAUGACUUUGCACUGGGAUAUCCCAUAGUGGACGCCCUGUACCACAGUUCUCACCCUGACUACACACAGUAUCUGUAUUUGGUGGCUCCGGUGUCUCUGAUGCUGCUGAAUCCGGUGGGCUUUGCUCUGUGUGAGCUUCAACGUUGGAGGCAAAGUCCUGACCACAACUACAGCAAGCUGCACAUUGUCUCUACUGUCCUUCUGCGUGUGAUUAAGAAUCCGAUCGUGUUCAUGGUGCUGGUCGGGAUCGUCUCUCACUUCCUGUUUAAUGGGCGUGUCCCUCUGUUGCUAGGGGAGUUUGUGGACGGAUUGGCUGACUCGUUUGGAGGGGCGGCGCUCUUUUACCUGGGCCUGACGAUGGUCGGGCAGAUGGGUAGAGUGACCCGUUCAACAGGGGUCACCCUGAUUAUACUCCUCACGGCAAAACUUCUGUUGAUGCCGUUGAUGUGUAAAGACAUGUUGGAGCUGUUGGACGCAGGCAACUCCAGUUCUGUGAACCACACCAGUCUUUCAGACUACGCCUUCCUGUACGGCAUCUUCCCCACUGCCCCCAGCGUGGCCAUUUACGCCAGUCAGUAUAACAUGCAGCUGGAGGUGGUAACCUCCGGUAUGGUGAUCAGCACGUUACUCUCCGCGCCCAUCAUGUACUUGUCAGCGUGGUUACUCUCUAUCCCCUGGAUGGAGGCAACACACCUGAUCUCUGAGCUGCAGGAAGUCAGCUUUAACAUAAGCAUCAUCAGCAUCACUGCACUGGUGUGGACCAUUGCCAUCAUGGUCCUCAGCAAGAAGUUCAAGAGGUUGCCUCAUAUGUUCACAACAAACCUUUUCCUUGCUCAGCUCUUGGUGUGUGUGUCGAUGAGUUUGUGGAAGUUUUUGGUUCAGCAGGAGAAUGUCCUGGGACAGAUCCUCACUUUCACACUCCUCUAUGGAGCUCUGUAUAGCACCUACAUUUGGACAGGUUUGCUAGCGUUCUCUCUCGCUCUGCUGAAGAAGAACGAACAGCUCAAAGUUCCACCAGUCGCUUUCAUCCUCCUUGGCUGGGGGCUGCCGUUUCUGAUAGUGGGCUUGUUGCUGGCGGCCGGUGAGAGAGUGAGCGACACGACUGACGCCACUUUCUUCUACGGCAAGUGGCAGAUCAUCAGCAGCGCUGUGCUUUUGAGCUGUAGCAUCCUUCUUGGCAGUGUGUCUCUGAUGGCCCUCAGUCAGGGUUCUCAGGAGGAGCAGAAUUACCAGAUCCUGGAGCAGAGCUCGAUGUCGGGCACUACAGAGGAUGUCAGAAUCCCGGCUCGACCCGAGGAUCACGGCUCAGAUGAGAUCACACCACCACACAGAGGUCAGAAUGACUGCAUGCCUGAUACAACAGCAGACUGUCUGAAUGACACACCAGCACCACCAACAGGUGUAGUACUGACUGAAGCAUCCACGUGCGCACGUGUGCAGGAGGAGAGACAAGUGGCACGUCACGUGUUGCUCUGUCUGCUGCUCACUGUCAGCUUGCUCGCAAACUUGUCCAGCUGCCUCUGGUGGCUAUUAAACAGCGAUCCUGGACGUCUUUACCUCGAGCUGCAGUUCUUCUGUGCUGUGGCCAAUUAUGGACAGGGUUUAAUAUCUUUCGGGAUAUUCGGGCUGGAUGAGCAUCUCAUCAUUUCGCCCUUUAAAAAGAGGCUGGCAGCACUGUUGGGUGGAGAACAGGAGACUAGCCAAGCUCCAUCCACCGUUCCUGAAGAGAUACGGCUGACUUGCACGCAGUUCGUCCGCUACCACAAGAAUCAGUGUGUGCAGGACAUCGUGCACAAGAGAAGGUGUGCGUGUGCUGCUGGUUGCUUCCUGGGCCGUGAGCUUGUGGACUGGCUAGCCUGUGUGGGCGUGGUCAGAGACGGGAGCACCGCCUCUGGAGUCGUUAACCAAGUCACGUGUCAAAUUUGUCAGAUCCUGCAACAGCGGACAAUUCUAUUGUUUCUCAGAUGAGGCAGCCGGGACGUCUCCACGUGCAGUUCUUACUUCCGUCAGAAAUUGCAUUCUUUUGCAUGGUGUGCCAAAGGAAAAGAGGAAUCCACACUACUUUUAUUAAUAAAACUUUGCUUUCCUUUACUCAAGUUCAGGUUAUGGACGAGGCAAAUGUCCUGCACUUCGAAAAGAAUUGCAGAAAUGGGUAAUAAACAUGUAAUAUGAAUGAAUCAUGUGAGGAUUGAAGUCUAAAUCUUAUGCUUAAACCCUGAGCUUUUCCUAAACCUCAUAUAUCAUGCAGCACAAAAUUCAUGCAAAAUAUCAUUCUCCACUUCUCAACAUACACUAUAUUGCCAAACGCUUUGGGACACACCUCCGAAUCAUUGGAUUCAGCUGUUCCAGUCACUUCCAUGGUGUAUAAAAUCAAGCACCUAGGCAUGCAGACGGCUUCUGCAAACAUUUGUGAAAGAACGGGUCGCUCUCAGGAGCUUAAUGAAUUCAAGCCGUGGUACCCUGAUAGGUUGCAGCAAUUGGGAACAACAGCGACUCAGCUACAAAGUCAGGUAAAAUCACACAGCGGGGUCAGAGCAUGCUGAGGUCAAAAAUUCCCAUAAACGCACUCCUAAACCUUUCCAUUGGAAAGCCUUCCCAGAAGAAUUGAAGCUGUUAUAGCUGUAAAGGGUGGGACAACUCCAUAUCACACUCUACGGAUUAUGAAUAUGAUGCAUGUAAAGUCCCAAAACUUUUGCCAAUAUAGUGUACUUGCAGGUACAAUGUCUGAUACGGUGCUCUAUUAAUGAUUAAGUGUUGCAGGUCAUUGUGAUUUCCUGUGAGCGUACGAUGCAAGUGUCCAGUAUAAGUGCAGUGUGUUCGUAUACUUCAGCAACAAAGUAUGCAAUUUUUAUGCUCUUUUUGUCAGAAGAAGUUGUUUUCUCUAUGCUGUGUCGGUGCUAAAAGGUUUACUGAACCUGGUGUGUUAAUGUGACUGAACUGUUCAUACAGUCAUGGGGCAGUGGUGGCUCAAGUGGUCAAAAAGUACCUCUGGGUUGUUGAUCAGAGGAUCAGGGUUCAAGCCCCAGCACCACCAAGCUCCACUGCUGGGCAACUGAGCAAAGCCAUUAACCCUCUCUGCUCCAGGGGUGCUGCCCCUGAGCUCUGACCCCAACUUCCUCAGCUGAGAUAUAUGAAGAAAAGUAUUCCAAUAUGCUGUAAUGUAUGUGUGGCCAUAACAAAGGCUUCAUGUCCACAGGUAAAUGUUAAAUACAAUCUCUGCUGCCCGAAUGUCCAGAUUCUACUUGCCUGAUUUUGCACAUGUUCAGUGCUGUAAAAAUGGUUGUUUAAGCAAUUCUAUACAUUUUGUGAUAUAAAUAUGCGUCCAGGUUUGUGAACUGGGGAUAAAAAAACAAGAAGCUGUGAACAUUUUUGGUUCAUUUUUAACCAUGUUUCUGGAAUUAUGCAAUAAAUAUGCCACAUUACGAUUUGAACACAGAAGCUGAUUUAAC